AUGAUUCCAAUGCAAGUCGCUGAUUUUUACAAGCACAGAGAUACCACCAAUAAACUCAGAUCCCACUUAGUUAAAACUUUGAUAGCUAAGUGUCAUAAGAUCUUAGAAGAAAAGGUUUACAACAAAGAAGAAUUCACUACUCGUGUUUCAUAUCUAUUAUAGUCUAAUGAUCCCUAAUCUAGGAUUAUAUCUCUCAGAUUGUUCAGCUAUCUCCCGAGUUUCAUCUAAACCAGACUAGAUAUUUAACAUAAAAUUCUUCAUAUACUUACCUCAACUCAGAAUAACUAAGAAAGAGAAGUAGCUAAUUAAACCAUCACAAUGAUUAGUGAGGGCUCUGAACUGUUUGCAUAGAGCAUUAUGAAUAAGGUGGAGGAGACUGUUUUAAGUGGUAAUUUUUCAAGAGACACUUGCUCUCAUUUCAUUAUGGCUAUAUCAAAUAUCAGUGGAGAUGCAUAAAAUGCAAUUAAGUUUGUUGAAAUUAUAAAAACUCUAUAUGAAAAAGCUUACCAUAUAUAUGGAGGUGGGCUAGAUAGUGUGCUUUUGCUAAGUCUAAUAAAAAUGGUUAAUAGAUCCCCUAUAAUAUUGAACAAGGCUAGUUUAUUCCUAAAGGAUAUAUAAAACUUAGAGGGAUUAGAAUUGAUUUCAAGAAAAUACAUAAUUAGUGAUGAUAUCAUUAAUAAGUUACUAAAUUAGAUUAUUGCUAGUUAAUCUGAUGUUUCUAAGGAAUAGAUAUUUUUAUUAAAGAUAAUAGUCAACAAUAGCGGUCAUUUGAAAGAUCUUAAAGCUUAUCAUUAACAAAUUGACAUUAUUUUGUAGAACUGUUCUAUUGAGAACAAGUCAUAGCAAGAUUUUUUUGGAGGCUAUUGA